AUGGCGACCUACCUGGCACGUGACGAAGAACGAGGCCUAGACGAUGGCCAGCUGACCUGCGGUCAACUCCUCGCCAGCACCGGGGUGCGCUCCGAUCGUAGGUCAGCUCUGCUGCAGAAAUAUGGCCUGAACGAGUACACUUCCGUCGCGCGACGCUCUCGGAUCCCGGGAACGCGAUGGCUGGCGAUUGGAUCCUUCCUGUGGCUGCUGCGAAGUCAUUACUUAACAGCCGGGAUAGCAGCCUUCGUGGUCAUCGCACUUUGGCUUUCACAAAGCUGCGAGUGCUUAAUAGGCAGGUUCCGCUCCCGCCGCGUUGUCCACUCUCCUGCAACCCUAGCUCUACCAGAUGCCGAGGAAGUCGAGUCCAGUCUGCUGGUUCCCGGCGACGUCAUCGCCUUGAAGCAGGGAGACAGGGCACCCUGCGACAUGGUGUUACUGUCCGGCGACUGCGUCGUAGACCAAGGCGACGUGGCAUUGCCCCGCAUGGCCGCCAGGUGGCCCUUGACAGCGCCGGAGUACGAACUCUUUAGUGUCCACAAGCACCGAACAAGCGUCAUCCUGCGCCCUUCCAGAAUCGCCUGUUCGCGGGGCCAACUCCGCGCCGUCGUCCUGAGGACCGGUACCGCCACAGAAAGCGCCACGCUGUGCUCACGUCCGGAAUGGCUGUACGUAGAAGACGAAGAAGGGCUCGGGCCGGCUCAGUGGGCAGUGGCGGCCGCUGCGUUUCUGCUCUCGCUACUGUUCUGGCUCGGCCGAGACCGCUUCACGUGGGAUGAAGUGCUCCUCCGGGCGCUCAGCCUUCACCUGCUGCUGUUCCCUCCUCGAGCGCUCCUCGCCAACUGGCUUCUGGAGAAGGUCGCGGAGUCGGCUCUAGCCUCGGCUGGAGCGACGAGUUCGCGGAGCGCCCUCUUGUCGGUCGCCUGCUGGGGCAGAACGAGUCGUGUCGCCAUCGACAGUGCGGGCGCGCUGCGCGAGGCCGCAGAGAAGUUGGCCGGUGUACUCCCUGCGGGGUGCCACGGUUUCGCGCCAGUCAUCACACGCGGGCUGUCUCAGCUACCACGAGGACACCCGCUUCGAUGGGCAGCGGCAGCCAUGGGGGCUGCGCUCUGGAAAGAAGGAAGCGACGCCAUGGGACAUCCGCACGAAGUGGCAACUUUCGCGGCCGCGGGCUCUGGCCUUAAAGCAGAUGGUGACGGCUACGGCUUGGACACACCCCCAGAGUCCCCAGGACCACCGUUGAGGCUGGCUCCCUUUGUGAACCCCUUCUGGAGUACCCAGCGCCUCGACGAAGACCUGAGGGAGACCCGUGACCCACCGGAUGUGAUAUCAUCUGUCGUCGUAGAGGUGAGCCGAAGCUGCGAACCGCCUUGGACCAAUGACUGCUGCGAAGGUAGCAAGGGAGACUAUCAGCCUCGUGCUCCCUCUGUCAGUACCGUCCGAAGCCAGUGCACGAGCGUCGGGGAACGGCCGCCUUUAGCCGAGAUUCCUCAAGUGCGAGUGCAGGCGCCCCCCAGCCGUUUUUCUCCGUAUCCCGCCUUGUUAGCCGGUGCGCGGGCGAUACGGCGCCUGUCGGGCCAAGUGGCAAACAGUUGCCCGCUGUGCCACAAGAAGCGGCCCCCGGCGCCGGAAGCGUCGAAGCCUGUGACGCCGGAGUUGCCAGAACCCGCGAGUACACGUCGCGACGACAUGAAGCCAGUCAUCGAAGAACACCAGGCACAGGACUUGCUCCGCGAGAGAAACGAGUGUCGAAGACUGUGCGUGCUAGAAUGUGAGCCCCGUCGCGCGGGCAGGGAUUGGACCACGAUCGUGUACGAAACCAGAAACCACCGAGAGAUCGUUUGCGUCGGUAGACCGGGUGACGUACUCCCGCUGUGCCAAGGCGAUCACCCAGCGCCAUGUAACGCAAAAGCCGUGUCGGCGUCGUUUCACGAACGCGGUUUCGGCAUAGCCGCAAUCGCUGGCAGAAGCUGUCUUGACGAGGGUUCUCGCGCCGACACCGCGAGAGACUGCGACUUGAACUUCGAAGGUCUGUUGUUCUUUGAACCCGUAAUGAACCUGCAAGCUGCUCCCGCCGUUGAAGAGCUGCGGCGCAUUGAUCUCCGUCCAGUGGUCGUGGACGAGGCAAACGUCUACCGCUGCAUCGCCGUAGCCCGCAGCACUGGCGUCGUGCUGCCCGAUGAGCCACUCAUGCUCGUGGCGACCCGCAAAACCGUGUUCGGAGGCCCCGCCGUCGACAUUCGUAUCCUGACGGCGCCCUCGCUCUUCGAGCUACCGAAACAAAAAGUAACAGCCGACCCUCUCAGGCUCCACUACGCCUUGAGCUAUCGCACGCUCGUCGUGCUGCGCAAGCACUUCCCGGGUCUGCUGUCAUCGGUGCGAGACUCGGUGUCCGUGCUGGGAGGCCUGCCCGCAAACAGGGCUGCGACCGCGAUGCGACAGCUGGGAAUCCAGACCGUGUGUGCCGGCGCCACGCUAGGCCUAGUGGCCAGCCAGCGCGGCGCCAUCGUUGUCGGCGGUGGCGCCCAAUGGCCUCCGCUGGCGUGCGACUCGGUGGCUGACGUUCCUCGGGUGGCGCUGGCCGCUCGGUGCGUUCUCGGCUGCCGGGCUGCGACGCUGGACUACGUGGCGCUCAGCGUGUGCCUGCAGGCCUGCGCCCUGCUGGUGCUGUACGCGCAGCGCGCCACCUUCACGGACCGCAUGCACGUGUACCUGGAGCUCGUGGCGUGCGGCGGCCCCACGGCCGCGCUCGCCGUGUCGCGCCAGGAGGGACCCCCGCCGCCUCGCCAGGACGCGGCGGCAUUCGUCUUGCACGCGCUGUGCUGGCUGGCCGCGCAGGUCGCCCUGCUCGGGCAGCUCCACUGCAGAGGCUGGUACGCGCGCCUGCCCGAGCGACUGCAGCGCCGACUGGACGCCAGCGUGGUGUGCCUGCUCGCGUCGUACCAACUGCCGCUGCUGGCUGUGCAGCUGGCCGCCUUCCGCGGCGGCAGCGGGCUCCGCCCCGUGGCCGUCGCCUGCGUGCUGCCCAUUGCAGCCACCACGGUCCUCAUGUUUCCCUGGGCCGCGUCGGCCUCUCUCGCCCUGGGCCUGCCUCGGUGGCCCAGGGACAGGGACACUCUACUGCUCAGGAUGGGCAUUGUCCUGGCCGCGCUCCUCAACCUGCUGGUUGACGCUCUGGCGCAGCUAUUCGUGGCUCCCAAGUUUCGAAGCGACGCGCAGCCCGCCGAUACGACGCGUGUUCCUGUCGCCGAGACCCACAUCGGGCGUGGUGUGCCUCCUGGCACUGGAGCGAGGCAGUGAACCGAACGUCAAAGGAAUUGCGUGUGAAGACCUUCCCGCUGGUGAAAAAAAAAUAUAUAUAUAUAUACGUUUGAUAGUGCUGAUGAGUGGCUGGUUCGAAAUUCGAAAUUGUUAAAAGGGACACUAAAGGCAAAUAUUAAGUUAACAUGGACUAUUAAAAUAACAUUCCAGAAAUCUCGCAAGGCUUGUCUCGUGCCAAGAAAAAAAAAAUUAACUGGAGGGGCAAUCGUGUUUAAAGGGUCGGUUAGAGUUACUGUAUAUGCUACCACAGGUAGC